AUGGGUGCCUUGAUGCCUAUGCGGGCUAUGUUGCUCUCCUUGAUCGUAGCCGUGGCAAGCCAGCAGGUCGUGUUUCAGGAUAUCAAAACCCAGCAUAACUACGACAAGCAAAUCGAGAAUGAUAAAGGAUCAUUAAAAUUUAACUUCACUUCUUCAGCACCACAUAUCUUCUCCUCUCUUCACGGUCUCCUGCAGGAGUGGCCGAAUACAUUCAAGAUCCCGGCCUAUACCAGUCUGUAUCAUGGCAGAAGAGACUCGAACACUCCUCCCAGUCCGGAGUGGUUUGGCUUUGAUGUCGAGAUGUCCUAUGGAAUUAUGGGAUCAGACCGCAAUUCACAUUUGCUGACCUACCAGACAACUCGGCCCGUAGGAUGCCUUUACUUCGAUGGUGAAUCUGCCACCUUGAUGGGAACCGGUCGGAUGGACUCCUUGGAUCUCUUUAUCUAUGGUAAUCUGACAGGCCCUCCAAAUAAGGGUCGUUGGAGAGGGCUUUUCGAUGAGUAUUCCCGUGCCACGAGCAUCUGCAACUGGGUGCAAGAUCGUGGACUUGGAGGUCUCGGGUGGGGAGUGGAAGGCAUUGUCCGGAUGAACGCCGGCUUUGAACUGAUAUGGUGCAAUUUCAUCAGUCCAUCAAUCCGUUUGAUGAGCAAGCUGAAUGUUACUGCACCACUUCUUUCGGACGGUUCGGGUCAGUUAGCAUAUGGAUUCGGUUCGUCGAGAGAUAUCGAGGAUAGGAAUAUUGAUAAGGUUGAAACUCAACCAUCAAAUUCGUACUACCCGCUACCGACCCAGACUCAUAACCCCGAUCAUUCCACGGAUCCUCCUGAUCCACCGAGGCCACCAAACUGGCGUCGAGAAAAUCAGGAACCGUUCCUGGAAAGCCAGACCUGGGGCUGGUUCGAGAGUGCUACCUGGCACUAUGGCUCGUCAGCCAUGGGACCAGGCAGGGGAGAAACUCGAGUGAAACUGAUGACCUGCGGCUUUUUGAGUUUCUAUUCAUCGCAGUUUGCAGAACAGCAGAUUGCUCGAUUUUCCUCAGAAAGAAAGAAGUUAAAUCUCACGGAAGACGGCUAUUGGCUUGGUCCUGGAAAUAAUGGGACUCGAGAACGUGCCUUGAGGGAGCUAAUGAUCAGACGACGGAGCCAUCUUCUUCAUAACAUCACCCAGAGCGACGCGUUGAUUAUGAACUAUGCAGCGGGAAAGGCAUUGCGAAAUCUGGGAUAUGACGACCGCCACGGUCUUGAUCGCAAGGUCACAUCGGACUGCUCUGGGACGGACUGGUCCACCGUUGCAGAAGAAAUUGUUCAGAGAUAUAACACAAGACUCCGUCAAUUAAAGUCGAUACUUGACGGCGGAGUUCAAAUGAAUAUCAGCAACCAGACUGCUUUACAAGAAUGGAUGAUGAUGCUCAGACAUAACACGCAUACUCUGCUAGUCCCGUAUUUCGAAUACCCCACUGACCCUCGACGCGUUGAUGAUGAUACCUGGUCAACUAUAUCAUCUCUGGCUAAAGAAACACACUCACGAUGUCAAUUCCAUUAUACCCGCCUCCUAGCACCUGAUCAAAUGGCAUACCUCAAUCCAGAAGAAUCGCUACUGAAAUCAGCCGUGGAAGACACCUUAGACAACAUCUGCCGAACCAUUAUCGAUGUUGGAUUCGGCACUGAGCGAGAAUGGUUCCGUCAUUUUGAUUCUGCGAGGAGAAUCAUAGAACCAGAAGAAAGCGGAAAUCCGACCUUCGCCAGUCAUUCAUUGAGAAAGAACAUUCUCAAAUGGAAAGAAAAUGUCGAAGAGCUCAUGGCAUGGCUCGGGUGGGCAGAUCAAUGGACAGGCUGCGAGAAUAAAUGUCACUGGGAUGAGACAUGUUUCAUCCCGAUGUGGCCCUUCAUGUGGCUCCAAACUAGAACGUCGGAUUCUCAUGAUUCUAGGAACGAAGGGCCUCCCCACUAUAACCAUCCUCGCUACGGUCGACCAGGAAAUGGCUACGAUAGAAGACCUGGUCCUCCUGGGGGUCGUCCUCCCCCUUUUUUUCAGGACGAUAGCCAGCUGUGGGAGCCCAGAUGCGUCAAAGCAGGGUAUAUGCUGUGA